AUGUACUCGACAAUCGGGACCCGGUCAGGCUCGAUGACCGGGAAUCUUUCGGCUCAGUACUCAAAUGGCUUACAGGUCAACUCUCCAACUCGCACACCAUCUUCAUCUCCAGUUUUGCUUCCAGACCAAAGACCGUUCCCACUUCUGCGUCAGAAGAGUUUCCAAAUCAGCGAUACCACUGCUGCAGCUCUCCGUCGCGAGUCCUUUCUUCAAACAACUCGUCCCAUUAUACGGCGACCUAAUGAAACCACUCCGUUGGUUGCACCUCCAACUCUUCCCAAAAAUCGACUCAAGGAGUUUUACGCGUUUGUGACCUCGCCAAUUGCCAAAAACACUCUCAAGUGCGCAAUCGCGUACUUUCUUGCAUCUCUUUUAGUUUACUCACCCAUUCGAAAUAUUUAUGGCAAAAGUCAAAAUAAACACAUGGCCGCAACAGUCGCGGUUUACUUCCACCCAGGGCGUACCGCAGGUAGCAUGUAUGAAAGUGUGUUUUUCGUCGCGUUAUCUCUGCUCUACAGUUUUAUCAUGGUCACAGCCAGUAUGGUUGUUUCCAAAGAGUUUGUGGAAGAUAGCAAAAGAAAUAUAGGCUACGCAAUUGACAUUGUAGUCUUUAUCGGGUUCGGACUUGGGGUUGUGGCCUUUGUCAAACAGAGAAUAGGCAAGCCUACGUUUAACACCGCAUGCUCAGUCGCAUCUAUUUUCAUGGUCACUUCUUUGACAAAAGAAGGGAAUGUUCAAGCAGGAAUCAUUUCUUUUGAAAAGGUUAUGCAGUCUUUUGCACUGGUGUGCUCAGGUGUAGCCAUUUCUCUUGUAGUGUCACUGACAUUGUGGCCUAAAAGCGCUCUGGAAGCAACCAAAAAGGAACUGAAUGAAUCGAUGAAUCUUAGUGCAAAGAUGCUCAAGUAUCUAACUCUAAAGUUCAUGGACUACCAAAACAUGCAGUCCUCGGAGUUUAACAACCUUAAGGCAUCGUUCAACGCAUCAUAUCAACGUCUGGGUAAAAGCCUGGACGAAGCAGCCUAUGAGCUACUUUUGUUUGGCAAAGAAGCAGAAUACCAAGCUUUGGAAAAACUAACUAAAUCUAGUAAGAAAUUAUCUUUGUUAUUCAACGGUCUUGGAUCAAGUGUCUUAACCCAAUCCUCACUACUAGAAGAAGAUGGAACACCUAUCUUGGAGACCCCAGAGCAAGAAUUUUCAUCUUAUUCUAGUCUUGUCGAUGAUACCGCAGUAUCUCAGUUUUUCGGUGAUACAUCCCGAAACCCAGCAGCUAGCAUUUUCAAUCAGUUUAUUAAAAGCAUUCGCCCUACAAUGAUGGAGUAUUCAACUCUGCUUCAGGAACUGAUGCAGGCACUACCGUUUUCAACCACUGCGCCGUACAAUGUGGCGCUAGAAACCCUUCACACAGAGGUUCUUUCAACCGUUUUGAAAAAAUACUCUUCGUCUCGAGAACAGGCUCUUUACAAUCUUUACAAGGAAAAAAGCUUUUUAAACGAUACAGACUUUGACUCCAUUGCCACUAAAGAGGCUGAGGCAGCCAGCUGUGGUAACUUUUCUUACAUCCUUGAGGAAAUCGGUAACGGACUUACAGAGUUUAUUAAAGAUCUUGCAGAGUAUCAGUCAGCAACCAAAGCUCCAAGAAGCUUCAACUGGCUGCGUGGUUCGAAAACUCGGCGCCGGCGAGUCGGUGGGUCUUCGUCCAUAUUUGUGGAUGUGACGCGUACCCAGCUCAACACUGAGGUGGAAAACAAGUACGAUGCACACGCUCAAGAAAACCCAGGACUUUCGCUCAAAGUCUGGCGUAGUUUACGCGCUUUCCGUCGACCCGAUAUCCAGUUUGGUAUUAAAGUCGGCAUGGGAGCCGCGUUAUUUGCGCUUCCAGCAUUCCACCAGAAGCUAAGGCCCACAUACCAGAGUUGGCGCGGAGAGUGGGGGCUCAUUACGUUUGUUAUUAUCAUGAACAAGUCUGUGGGAGGAACCGCAAACACGGUUCCUGUGCGCAUUUUAGGAACGUUUCUAGGAGCCUUCAUAGCGUUUUCGUGGUGGACUUUUUUCCCAGAAAAUGCAGUUAUGCUAUGCGGACUUGGAGCCUUACUAUCACUGGUUUGCUUUUACAUUAUUCUUACAUGGACAAACAAGGGCAUGUUUGGUCGGUUUAUCCUGCUGACUUAUAAUCUUACUGUGCUGUAUUCGUAUUCGGUAUCAAUCAACGAUGAUGAGGAGCAUGGUGGACAACUAAUUGUACGAGAUAUCGCGUUCCAUCGGUUUGUAUCUGUUUGUGCUGGUGUUGUAUGGGCCUUAAUUAUCUCGACAUUUGUUCUGCCAAACUCUGCACGUAAAAAACUAAAGCGCGGGCUUUCCAUCCUGUGGCUUCAAAUAGGACUUGUAUGGAAAGCAGAUGCUUUAAAAACAACUCCGCGCAAGGGUACAACCGAAUCUCGGUUUACGGGUAUCCAAGGAGAAAAUGCAAUGCAGCUAACCAUGAUUGAGUUGAAUGCUCAGCUUCAGCACGCUCCAAACGAGCUGCGUCUAAAGGGCCCGUUCCCUGCUACAGAAUACUCACAACUGCUACGACACACACAGCGGAUUCUCGAUGUGUUCCAAGACAUUUCUGUUUUGAUUGCUAAGGACCCUAAGCCGAGCAGUCGCGAGUUGGAAAUUAUUGAAUAUACGACGCUGGAGCGCACGGAGCUGUGCAAUCGCAUCUUUUUAAACUUUUACCUAAUUUCUUCAGCAAUGCGGUUGGGAUUCCCGCUGCCCAACAAGAUGCCGUCAACAGAACAUGCCAUCGACCGCAUGUUAGCCAAGCUCAACGAAUACCGCGCUGGAGCUAUUGGCUCAGGGACUGUGGCAGCUGGGUUUGUCGACCCAGGGUAUGUAGAAGAUUUUAUUCUGUUUUACUCCUACGUGCUGGCCACGAUUGCCAUCACUGAGCAGCUGGCUGAGCUAGCAGUGUACAUUCAAGAACUAUUUGGUGUGAUUGAAGAGGAGAUGUUUGAAGUGUAG